AUGUCGGUCUCAGUCGCUUUGUAUCUAUCCCACAUUUUCUGUUUCCUCGUCUUUGCUUCUUUCUCUCUGUCCGAUCACCUUAUUUCUCGCUAUCCCUCUAUCUAUGGUUUCUUUCUGUCUGGCGUUCAGCCUCUAUCCAUCUGUCUCUAUCUGUCUCUUCUAAAUCUCUCUCUCUGUGUUUGCGUCUCUACUUUUGUGCGUCACCAUCACCCCGUAACUAUCGACAUUCCUCCGUGUGUUUCUGACUGUCUCACUUUGUAUCGAUCACUCUUUUUCUGUUCCCCGUCUUCGGCCUCUUUCAAUCAAUCUCUCUUUCUAUCUUCUAAAUCUCUAUGCUUGUCUGUAUCUCUUCCAUCGUAUUCCUCUCUAUAUUUUCUGUGUCUCUCUGUCUUUAUUAGUUCGUCUCUCUCUCUCUCUCUAUUUCUCUCUCUCUCUCUCUCUCUAUUUCUCUCUCUCUCUCUUCGUGCUUCAGUUGUUCCCUUUCUACCUGGCUUUCAGCCUCUUUCAAUCGCUCACUCUUUGUAUUUUCUAAAUCUCUAUGCUUGUCUGUAUCUCUUCAAUCGUAUUCCUCUCUAUAUUUUCUGUCUCUCUGUCUUUAUUAGUUCGUAUAUAUCUCUCUCUCUCUUUCUCUCUCUCUCUCUUCGUGCUUCAGUUUUUCCCUUUCUGCCUGGCUUUCAGCCUCUUUCAAUCGCUCACUCUUUGUAUCUUCUAAAUCUCUAUGCUUGUCUGUAUCUCUUCCAUCGUAUUCCUCUCUAUAUUUUCUGUGUCUCUCUGUCUUUAUUAGUUCGUAUCUCUCUCUCUCUCUCUCUCUCUCUCUCUCUCUGCCUCGCUGUUCAUCUCCAUCUCCCUCUUCUUAAUUCUCUCGUUCUGCCUGUCCCUCAAUUUCUGCCACUUACUCUUCCUACGAAUCUCUCUCUCACGGCGUAUAUUUCUAAAUUGUCUCCCCCUUUUUGUUUGUUAGCAAGACUCGUUCUCUCUCCGUGCCCACCACCCAUAUUUUGUUAA